CUACGAAACGCGUACGCUCGUAGAACAGACGUGGAGGCACGUUAACAUUUUUGGCAAGAGGAAAAUGAAAGCGGUAAUCUCGUGCACGUGAAAAAUCAAGAAAUGAUUGAGGCGUAAGGUGUGCAACAGAAUAAAAAGUAUGUAUGGUGCAGUUCGUGAGGAAGUCUCUGAAAGUUGGUUGCACACGUAUGACUUGAGCAGUACGAUGAUUCCUAAUGUUAGUUCGCCGAUAAACAAUGAGGAACAUUUUUGCAAGUUUAUCUUAUACAAAGAAAUUAAAGAUUCAAGAGUACGGAUAUGGGAUAUUAUCAUAUUGAUACCGAACCUCUUGUUUUUCUUAUUUAUCGCGAUCAGAUUUAAUAGAGCACGGCUUAAAUUACGAGCAACGAGUAGUCCGAUAUUUUUAGCUUUUUAUGGACUUGUAAUUUGUAACGUAGUGAUCUCGGUGAUACGAUGCGGCGUUUCGAUGUCUGUAAAUGCAGCAGGUACAGUUGGAGGCAAAGUGGAUAAAGUACUGUGGAUUACAGUAAGAUUUUUUCUGUUAUCCACUGAGAUGAGCGUGCUUAUAUUUGGUUUGGCUUUCGGACAUUUGGAUAGUCGCUCGAGUAUUCGUAGGGUAUUACUUGCCACGUCGUUGAUAGCACUGGCUUUUACGAUAACCCAAGGGACUUUGGAAUUAAUUUUACCAGAUGAUACAUUCCGUAUUCCUAGUAGAAAUUUUUACGUAUUUGGUCAUGGAGGCAUGAUGUUUUGGUUCUGCAGCAGUCUUGUUUUCACAAUGAUAUACCUUUUUAUAUUGAUACUGCCAUGGACACGGUUAAGAGAUCGCUUAACUCUUCCAACAAAAAAAAGUUUUUACAUUUAUGCUGGUACAUUAGCCAUGCUAGACCUAGUACAAUCAAUUGGGGCAGGCUUUUUAAACUACACACAAAAUCCUGUGGGAUUAUGUAUUGUGGAUUUUACUGCAGCCGUCUACUUGACCCUUUUCACGCCUUUAGUUUAUCAUACGUUUCUGUCUGAAUUUUUUGGGGUUUCGCAACCUUCCAUAAUGUUCUCGUACAAGGCGCAAGUGGACGAUGCAAUGGAUGAAGACACAGUGUCCUUGCCGCAUCAGCAAAGUUUCUCUUCGUUAAGAACAGACAGCGAUUAUAUUUAUCAGAAUCACAGUGUUUAUGACUCGACCCAAUUCGACACAAACUCCACACCAGUGAAUCCACUCUACGCAGCGUCUCUUCAGAGUCCAGAUAGCAUAACUGGUUACAGUAUAGAUAGUCAAGAAGGCCAAACUCAAGCGAACGGUUAUCAACAGUGAACGUAUCGUGUAGACUAAGAAAAGAACAAAAAUAUGGAUUCAACGAUUGUUCAACGACGUUGAAGGUGUUCCAAAAAAACCAAUGUUCGAUUUUCCUGUCUAAAAGGAUCAGGAUGGAACCGCCACGAGUUUAUUUCUCGUAUGAUUCCAACGAUUGAAUCUAGUCGCUCUAAACGUUCUCAGAGCGUUAACGUGAUAAACGGCAGGAACGUUUUGAUUUCUUUGUGAUAGCAUCGAUCGAUCGCGAAGAACCCCAAGGAGCUGUUCUAAACAUGUCCCAGCAAUUGAAUUUCUUCGCUCUACGUACUUAAUCGGUUAGAGAAUUCGUUUUUGUAGAAGGAAAGAAGUCUUGUGUAGAAAGAUUGGCGUAACUUAUUCGAGGUGGGACCCUAGAUUUAGUUUAAUUUAGGCAAGGUUUCAUACUAGGUAAUAGGUGGUCUUUGGAAAUUUAGAAUUUGGGGGUUUGAGAAUUAGGGUGUGUGAUUUAGGAAGUUAUGGAAAUUUGAGUGGAUAUUAUACACCUCCUUUACAAGGGAAUGAGCAACCCCAGAAGGAACGAAAUGGACCCAUCUUAGCCUAAUUACGCCAAUGCAUCUAACAAGCAUUUGAACAUCAGUAUCGAAUCGUAUCGAUGAUAAGCGACCCCACACGCAAAAUUCGACUCCAUCGAGGAUCAUAAAUUUCUAAUUAAUUACUUAUCAUUUCUCCGUCCUCUUCACCAAAGAGACCUUCGAUCGCGAGUAUAUCGUACACGCAGGAUCGAGCACGAUUAGCGCCGAAUGUUCCUCGCUAUUUUCCUACUUUUUGCAUUAAGAAAAAAAACCUUUCGAUCGGAACGACGCAAAGGACAAUAGAAGCCGUCGAGACGAGCACGGCCACGAGGAUCGAAACAUAAUUAAAUUAAGUCUAGAGUAAGUGAUAGAGUAUACUCAUGCUGGUAGAUGCAAUUUUGCUAUACAACUUUACUGUACUCGUGUAAGCAAAUGAGGAAUUUGUAAAGUCGGGUUACUCUAUCGCUAGAUUUGGUUGGUCUAGUAUACUCUAUCACUUAGGUUUGAAGUCUAAGUUACAUUGGUAUUGCAAGGAGCAUGGCAGUGCUGGUAUCUUCUACUAUCUAGAUUCGAAGCAUAGUAGUAGGAUUACUGCUCUUACCUAUACUAGCGUCAGUAUACUCUAUGUAGAUUUCAAGUCUACAUCUGGUAUUACAAGUUUACAGUGUAUUCUCUGCCGAGUUUGAAAGCUAGUAAUAGGACUACUGUUCUUACCAUGUUCAUACACUAGGUAGUAUAUUGUACGAUAUAGAAGCAUAAUUGAUACAAGUAAUAGAGUAUACUAGCACUGGUAUAUUGGAGCAAUGGGAGAAGCGUGUCAAUAUUCAAAAAUAUCUCAAAGUUCCAAUAUUCCAGAGUUCCAAUAUCCCAUGUCCUAGAGUUCCAAUAUUGCAACUUUCCCAUCACCCAAAGUGCCAAUCUCCCAAAGACCCAAUAUCCCAAAUUUCCUAUUUCCCAAAGUACCAAUAUUCCACAGUUCCAAUAUUCCAAACUCCCAGAGUUCCAAUAUCCCAAAUUUCCAGAGUUCCACACCUCGAAUUCCCUGCAACCCAAAGUGCCAAUAUUCCAAAUUCUAAUGUCUCAAAAGACCAAUCACCAAUCUUCUUCCACUACUCCAACCUACUAACGCUAAUAUACCUACUCAAUUCUGUCAUCUCUACCGAUGCAAAAAGUACCAAUCUCUGAUCGUUUACACGAGUACUAUGCAUACAGUAUACUCUACCAAUGUAACCUAGACAUUAAGGAGAAACAUCCUUCGAUGCUUCGCUAUAACUAAUUACGAAGACUCCAUCCAUCGUACAUGUAUAUAAAUACCCUGUACUCUAGUGUAAAGAAUCGUGCUAUUUAUAUAUUAAUAUAUACAUAUACAUACGUAUGUAUUAUACAUGCAUAAGUAACGUUAUAUUUAUCGAUAUUGUAUGUCCGUACUCGUAACGUGCUAGUUUUUGGCAGACUCGCGUCGGGCACGGCUAAUUGAUCAGCCAUUUUUUUCUCAAUUUGAUACGAAAAAGCGGCGAUAAUCUCUGUUGAUUUUCAACGAUCAGUAUGUUGAAACGUUGGAGAAAGGAAUACUCUUUUAUCUUUAUUUCUUGCUCUCAAAUGGAUCUCGAAUCUUUCUACUUUAAUUUCACGACGAACAAAUUUUGUACCAUUUAGAGUUUAGGUAAUUACACGUUGAGCGCCAUGGGGUCACCGGUGACAACAUUCUCAAAUUUUCAGUUUCCUUGCAUUUCUUAAUUUUCACAUUCCCUUUCCAACUUCUCAAGUCCCUAAAAUUUCCAAGAUUUCAAAAAUUUCUGCAUCUGCAAGUGGAGAAUUUCAGGUAGACCAUUUAAACCGUGGCGAUUGACGUGUGAAGCGAUAUAACGUUGAACUCGAGGAUUUUAAUUGACCUAACGACAUCGAGUAUCCAAAUAAGGUUAUCAUUGGCGUCGAAGCGAUGAAAUCAGUAGCAAUAUAACUAACCAUGUAUUUUAUAGUCUGAUCCGUUUUGGAUUUGUAAAUACGAUCGGAUUUGUUCGACUAGUGACAAACAAGCAACGAGUCUCUCUGUCAAUUUGCGGUCGGUUCAACUUCGCACUUUGAACUACUGUGCGUGGCUCGAGAGAAGUCUCGCGGAUCAAAUUUGCUCAGAGUGCAAAAGACACGCCUCGCGUAUCUUUGAGCCGAAGCUACAACGUUCAUAUUAUCGACUAGGCUCUUAAAAUAUUGCCGUCGCGAGACUUCUCGCGGGACGCGCACUCGUUCUAUCUUGUACUCGUAACUGUCUGACAAUGUGAUGUCUUUUCUCUAGUUUACUCUUUCUUUUCCUUUGUUUUCUUGGUGAUUGUCAGGUGGGUUGUAAAAGGCAAUACUUCGAACGCGUAACAGCGAUUAUUAUAUUUAAUGAGAAUAAAAUUACAUUUCAAUCGGA